AAUCAACGUUACCUCGAUGACUCGUGCUAGCUUGCUAAUGCAUGCUGCAAUAAAGUCUGUGUAACUGUUUAAUAGCUCUAAAACACUAAAACACGAUUAAAAAAUGAGCUCUCUGUGGAGAUUUUGCAAAUCUGCCAGGAUUCCUGGUGUUCAGCUGCACACCACUGGUGUAUUGAUGAGGGCUUCAGUGGAGGACUUUAACCAGGACAAGGCUCAACUCAGGAAACUAAAGAAGAAACCUGACAAUGAGGCAAAGUGGGAUGCCUGGAAGUCUCAGGACACCUUGUCACAGGAGGCUGUAGGGCAGCAGUAUGUGGAUCUCAAGUCGUCUCCAGUAGCAGCAGGUUCACCCACAGGAAGUGUAAAAGCCUUCCAGACGCUGCUGGUCACCACAGAUGACGGCAUCACCACCAUCCGACUCAACAGACCACAGAAGAAGAACGCCAUCACUGUGGAGAUGUACCGUGAGAUAGUGGAGGCUCUGGAUCUCGCCGGGAAAGACGACUCCAUCAUCACAGUUAUGACAGGCAGUGGAGAUUACUACUGCAGCGGCAAUGAUCUGAACAACUUCAGUAAAGCUCUAGAGUGUGGUGUUGAGAAGACGGCUGAAGAGUUGAAGGAGUUACUCAGGCAUUAUGUAAAAUCCUACACUGACUUCCCGAAGCCUCUGGCUGCUGUUGUAAACGGGCCAGCUUUAGGAGUUUCUGUCACUGCACUCGGCCUCUUUGACAUCGUCUACGCCACUGAAAGCGCUACUUUCCAAACCCACUUCACUCAGCAAGGACAGAGCCCUUCAUGCUGCUCCUCAUACACCUUCCCUGGAAUUAUGGGCCCUACAAAGGCCAGUGAGAUGCUCUUGUUCAAUAAGAAGCUGACGGCUACACAGGCGUAUGAACUGGGCCUAGUGACUGAAGUUUUUCCUGACAGCAGCUUUCAGUCGGAGGUCUGGACCAGGCUAAAGGCCUACGCCAAACUGCCUCCAAAUUCUCUGGCUCUGUCCAAGCAGCUGAUGCGUCAGGUGGAGAAGGACAAACUCCACGCUGUGAACGACGCCGAGGUGGAGAGGCUGAUGGAGCGCUGGCUCUCUGAUGAGUGCAUGCAGGCCAUCAUGAGCUUCUUCCAGGCAAAAGCCAAACGACAGCUUAGCUAGCUAGCAGUUUUAUUUAACAUUGUUAAUGUUGUUCGUGCAGUUACAGCAGUUGCUAAUACAGUUGUGUUACUUUAAAUCAUAGACUGGGCUUUACCACAGAAAAGCCAGCUUUAACAAAAAACCAGCACUGAAUGCUAAUGUUUCAUUAAUUACGAUACCUUGCUAACUGCUAAUUAAAAUUAAUUAUACAUACUGUAUAAUAGUGCUGAUGAAUGUUUAACUAGAAAAGAAAGAAAGAAAGAAAGAAAGAAAAUUGACAUUAUGAAAGAAGGACAGAAAGAAAGGAAGGUAGGAAUAAAGGAAGGGAUGAAAAAAGGAUGGAAAAGAAACUAGAAAACAAAGAC